AUGGCCCCCCUCCUAAACACCAACCUCCAAGCCUUCAACCUAACAGUCUCAACCCUGCUCAAACAACCAUCGCAUUUCCUCCCCAAUCUCACAAUACCAACCUUUCUCGAACUCCCAGAACAAAUCGGCCAACAUCUAGCCUCCUCCUCCUCCUCCUCCUCCCAAACAACAGAAUCCAAGACAAAUGGUGAAAGGAGAACACCAAAAAUAAAAGCCCUGGUUCUCGAUAAGGACAACACCCUCUGCCCGCCACAUACUACCACACUCCCAAAAGCGUACCUUGACAAGCUCGAGCAACUCCGCACGUCGCCCACGUCGCCAUUUAAUAUCCACACGAACCCGGAUGGGGUGAUGAUUGUAUCAAAUACGGCGGGGAGUAGACCAGACGUACCGAAAUAUGAGAAUGAGGCGAGGACGCUAGAAGAAAAGUUGAAGUAUUUGAGGAUCCCGGUUUUUCGUGUCCAGCCUUCUUCGGGUAUAGAAGGUGCAGGCGGGAAGAGGAAACCUUUCUGUGGUCCUGAUGUGCUUGCAUGGUUUCGGGAACGAGGUGUGAUUAAUCAGCCUGACGAGGUUGUGGUGGUAGGUGAUCGGUUGGGGACAGAUACGCUCAUGGCAGCGCAGAUGGGUUCUUGGAGUGUAUGGUGCAAAGAUGGGGUCACGCACUCCGUUACAGAUCAGCCGGGCAUGGAUUAUAGAGGGUUUCUGGCCAAGGUUGAGAUUGUCUUGGAAAGAUAUUUGAGAGAAAAUAGAGGGAUAAAGGCUAGAGUGCCGAAAGGUUGGGAGUGA